AUGUCGGCGGAAGUUGUGGACGGAGAUGUUCCUAUUUCUAAGAGGCCCAAGGGUGUGUGCAACUUUGGUUUCAAUAACUGUUUCUCUACAGGAUCAGGGUUUUAUCAGCAAAAGUUGUGGGCAUGGCAGCCAAUUCUUACAGCCAGUAAUAUAUGUCCCUACUUCUACAUUGUUGCCAUCUUAUUUAUUCCUCUUGGAGCCUUCUUCUUUGCAACAUCCAAUGGAUGCACUGUUAAUUUCACCUUAGAUGGUCCAUUGUACGUCUUCUAUGGACUAACGAACUUCUUCCAAAACCAUCGUCGGUACGUAAUGUCUCGUGAUGACGAGCAACUCAACGGCAAGCCCAUUAGUGUUCCUAGCUUGGACUGUGAACCGUAUCGUUACAACGUGGAGGACGGCGUCAAAAAAAUUAUCGCUCCAUGCGGAGCGAUAGCCAACAGCCUAUUUAAUGAUACGUUUGCUUUAAGGCUGGUGCGGUACAAAGACGGAACUUCUGGUCCUAUUCCUGUCGAGUUUUCAAUGGAUAAAAUAGCUUGGAAGUCGGACCGAGAUGUGAAAUUUGGGCAGCCCUCUUCGUGGAACGGCACAACUAAGCCAAUAAACUGGCCCAAACCCGUACAAGAGAUGAAUCCACACUCUUACUCCGGCUACUCCCAGUUGCUUGUUUGGAUGAGGACAGCUGCGCUUCCAAACUUUCGUAAAAAUUACGCUGAUAUUGUUCAGAAGGGCGAAUUUGCCAAUGGCCUUCCAGCUGGAUAUUACGAAGUAGAUAUCGAAUAUUCUUAUCCGGUAACUCAGUUUAGUGGAACCAAACGAUUUAUUAUAUCACAGGCCAGUUGGCUAGGUGGACGUAACCCGACAUUGGGCAUUGCUUAUAUUGUCGUUGGUUGCAUACAUGCCGUCCUCGCGGUAAUCUUCACCGGCAUCCACUUCCACUUGCGCAGAAGGUAA